GGCCCCUCCGCAGCGGAGCCUGCGGCCGCCUCGUCCCCGUUCCGCCCCGCGUUCCGCCGGGCUCGGGACCAUGCGGCGGGAGCUGCGCCGCGGAGCUCUGCUCGCCUGCUUCUCCCUGGGGACGCUGCUGGUCCUCGCCGAUGCUAAAGGUACUUUCUACCCACCCGCCGCCCCCCUGCCCUACGGCGGCAGGUACAACCUCUACACGACCGGCUCCAGCCCGCAGCUCGGCAAACCCGUGGGCAAGCACAAGAGCUAUUGUGCCUAUGUGGUGCAGCGCAAUGUCACCUGUGUGCUGCAGGAUGGUGCUGAGAGCUACGUCAAAGCUGAGUACCACAAGUGCAGCUGGGGCCCCAAGUGCCCAGGGAAAGUGCUGUACCGCACCUUCUUCAGACCCAGGUACAAGAUUGGCUACAAGACAGUGACUGAACUGGCCUGGAGGUGCUGCCCAGGCUUCAUGGGAGAAGGCUGCCAUGACAGCCCCACCGAUCAGCCUGGCCUGAUGCCCCAGCACCCCGGCCCCAAAAUGCCCCCUGGGCCGAAGAUGUUCCCACUCCCCAGAAUGCCUCCCCAUCCGAAGAGCCACCCCGACCUGUUUGCGGGACCAAAGAAGAAUCAAUAUGGCAGAAAGCUGCCUGGCCUGGUUGGGGACCGCCUGGAGCGGCUGGAAGAGGAGGUGCGGCGCCUGGCCCAGGCCUAUGACAGCCUGCACGUGCUGGUGAGUGGGCUGGGGGACCGCCUGCGCCUGGCCAUCCAGGAGGACACCACCAAGAUGAUCGGCUCGCUGAUGAACAGCCCUGGCACGCCUGACUCCUCUGUGGGCUUCGGCAUCAUUCCCGACGGCCUGGUGGAUGUGGCAGACAAGGCUGAUGUUGCUUCGUAUCCACCUGUUGGGGAGAUCCUGACCAAAGUGGCGGAGGUGAGCGAUGUGCUGAAAUCCAAGGUGGAUCUGCUGCAUGAGGUUCGUGGCAUAGUGCUGGAGCACGACGGGCAGCUCAAGCACCUGCUGGAGGCGGCCCGGCCAUCACCCCUCACCUCCAUGGAGCUGCUGGAGGAGUACGUGGCUGCACGGCUGGGCAGCCUGCGUGGGGAGCUGCUCGAUGGCUUUGAGAAGCAGCUGGGCAAGAUCCAGACAGCCUGUGACUUCCGCAUCCAGGAGGUGCAGCAGCAGUGUGAGCAGGAGAAAGCUGCCAACCUGCGGCUGCAGCAGACUCUGGAUGGAAAGGAGCUGGAGAUCAAGAAGGAGAUCUCCCAGCUGGAGACACAGAUCCAAGGGCUGACGGUGGUGGAGAGCUGCUGCAGCAGCCUGGACUACCUCACUGACCGCAUGAACAUCCUGGAGAAGGGCCUGCACAGCAUCUCUGAGUCGCAGAAGAACUUGCACUCACGGAUGGAUGGAGAGAUCUCUGCCAUCACCCUUGGGAACCUCUUUGAAGGGCGCUUUGAGGACCUGGAGGCCAGGCUGAACGCUACUGAGAGAGAAACGGGGAGCUGCUGCUCCAGCAUGGAGGACAGCAUGAGAGGCACGGUGGUGGCAGAAGUGGACGGCAUGAGGACGGCCUUCGAAGACAAAAUGCAGACCCUGGAGGACAGGUUCAUGAGCAUCGUUGGGGAGCUGAACAACGUCAGUGCUCCCACGGGUAUGGAUGGGGCGGUGGUGCCCAUGCUGGAGGGGGAGCUCGCCAGCAUGAGGAAACGCACGGACGAGAAGCUGGAGGUGCUGCAGAACCGUCUGGUCACGCUGGAGAGCACCUGUUUGUCGGGCUGCAGCUCUGCCUCCAAAGACGUGGAGACCUUCCGGACGGAGAUCGAGGACUGCCAGAACAAGAACCAGGACCUGCUGCUCCGCAUGGACAGCACCUCGGAGCUGCUGCGCAAGCUGAACGCCACCAUCCUGGAGAUCCAGCGGCGCAUCGAGGAGGAGGCGGCGGGGGCUCUGCAGGGGGAGAUCACCUUGCUGAAGAUCAACCUGAACACCGUCAGCAAAUCCCUGACGGGGCUCAAGGACUCCGUCUCGCAGUACUCGGACACCGUGACGCACGUCAACUCCUCGCUGGACGAGCACGAGCGGAAGAUCGAGGACGAGGUGCACUCCAUCCAGGAGAAAGUCAGCGACCACGGCUCCCAGCUCUUCUUCAGCAACCGCCGUGUGCUCAACCUGAAGGGCGACCUGGAGCGCCUGAAGGCGCGCAUUGCCGGUGAGCUCAGCUCCUGCCGCAGCGCUGCCCGCAGCCUGCAGCGCGACGUCGCGCACUUCGACGAGCGCGUGGCAAGGGUGGAGGGAGCCUGCGGCCGGCUGGGGGCUGUGCUGGGGAGCCUGGACGGGGUGAGGGGAGAGCUGGAGAAACACGCGGGCGGCCUGUGGGACCGCAUGGACCGCCUCAAUGGGACGCUGGCUGCCCACUCUCAGGAAAUAACGGGGCUGAAGGACAACCUGCUCGACUGCCAAGCCAAGGUCUUGGAGCUGGCGGAGCAGCUCGGCCACCUGGAGGAGCGGGCGGGCGGGAAGCAUUAGCCCUGCCAAAGCGCGCUGCUUCCUCGCUUAACUUAUAUCACACAGACUCCAAUGUGACAACUUUUUUUUUUUCCUUUUUUUAAAUAUUU